AAAGAAAAAAACGAAAAUCUUUAAUGAAGUCUUCUGCUUCCCCCCGACAGGUGAAAAUCUGCAAAUGAACCAUUGAAACUCUUUCAAUCUGUUCAUCUUCAUCCCACUGAACUUUCAAUCCGUAACAAUGGGGCUCUUCUCUCCGCCUUCAAGCAACGACCCAUAUCUCCGAGCUCAGAGCUGACCGCUAUCUUCUCCUGGCAGCAGAACCCUACUUAAACCCUAUCCCCUGCUCUCAGCUCGGCCGCCGGUGCAACCAUGGCGGAACCAGACCCGGAGCAAGAAGCCCUGCGGUUGAAAUCCCUGGCGGAGGCCGAGUUCAAGUCCUCGAACUUCAAGUCCGCCCUCAAGCACGCCAAGGCUACUCGUCGCCUCUUCCCUUCCCUCCCCGGCCUCUCCGAAAUGAUCACCUGCUUCAAAAUCUUGGCGGCAGCCUCCGUCUCCUCCGAUUCUGGCAUGCCUGACUAUUACGGGAUCCUCCAGGUAGAGCCCUUCUCCCACAUCAACAGCAUUAGGAAGCAGUACAAGUCGCUGGCUUUGACAAUUCACCCGGAUAAAAACCCGAGCUUGGGGUCAGCGGAGGCAUUUAAGGUUGUCGGGGAUGCGUUUAGGGUUUUGACGGAUAGUAUUAGGAGGAAGGAGUAUGAUAUGAAGUUGAGGAUUAGGAUGCAGGAGGAGGCGGUGGCUGUAGGGGACGAUUUGGUGGAGAGGUUUUGGACCGCCUGCUGGUGGUGUAAGAUUUUGCACCAGUUCGAGAAGAAGUAUUUGGGGCAUAUCUUGGUUUGCCCAAGUUGCAGAAAGAGCUUUAAGGCCGUGGAGAUUGGUGAUAAUGAUGAUGAUGAUGAUGAUGAUGAUGAUGAUCAUUGGGAUGAGGCGGAGGAAUCAUCAGAACGUCAAGUUGGGAAGGCAAAGUCGAAACAGAAAGCAAUUCCUGUCGAUGAGUCGGAGCGUAAGAGGAAAAUUGGUAGUAUAGAUAAUUCGGCGAGGGAAAACGUUGAAUUGGAUAGUUUGAGAUUAAGGAAAAGGGUGUCCAGAAGUAAAAUCGGGGAUGAGGCAGAGAAAGCGAUUAAUAAGAACAAGGCAAGAGUUGAGGACGAAAUGAUGACAUUGGCGGAAAUGCAGCUGGAGGCAAAGCGAAAGAUGAACCGGGAGAAAAUCAGGUUGAGAGGAAAGGAGCAAGAGAAAGGGCUUGAGAAGGAGGUGGCUGCAGAGAUGACUUCAAGGAAGAUCGAUCCUCUUGAUACUGAAGCUCGGCAGUCGUCGCAGAUCUUUGAAACUACAACAUGUAGCAAUCCGGAGAAGACAAAGCCCAUCCAAGUUUAUAAACGUGGAAUUUGGAGGAGGAAGACUGCCGAGGAUGGGGAAAUUGAGAGGGCUAAAAGAUCUAAGGGUCGGAAUGUGGAGUUAAUGCUGGUUGAGGAUUCCGACUUUUAUGAUUUCGAUAAGGACAGGUCAGAGAGGCGCUUUAAGAAAGGGCAGGUGUGGGCCACAUAUGAUGAUGUUGAUGGAAUGCCGAGGAACUACUGUUUGAUCGAUGAAGUUGUCCCUCUGAAUCCUUUCAUGUUGAGAGUGAGCUGGUUAGAUCUACAGGGUACUGUUUGGCAACCUCAGGUGGAAACUGCAUCUACUUUAGCCUGUGGGCAAUUUAAGGUAGCUCAGAAAACUACCUUAAAGUCCGUGAAACCGUUUUCCCAUGUAGUCGAUUGUGAAAGGGCAGCUAGGGAACUGUAUCGGAUUUUCCCAAAGAAAGGUUCUGUCUGGGCACUCUUCAAGGGAAGUUGUUCCUAUGACAUUGUCAUUUUUCUGACCACUUACAGUGAAGUCUUCGGGCUGAGCAUGGCAUACCUCGAGAGGGUUGAUGGGUUCAAAACUGUGUUCAGGAGACGGGAGAUUGGGCCCCAUGCGGUCCGGUGGCUUGAUAAGAGCAAACUUGGUGUCUGCUCGCAUCAGAUUCCCGCAAGGAAGCUCGAGGGCAAUGAGGUCUCGAACCUCUUGAAAGACUGCUGGGAGCUCGACCCUGCAUCGCUACCUCCUGAUCUUCUGAUGAUUCCAAUGAAAAGAUAAUGAUGUCUAAAUAUUUUGAUGUCUUCUACUCUUGUUGAAAUUGAGAUUCGAGACCAAAUAGAAGAUCCAAUUUUUACUCCAUGUCUCCAACUGUAUGAUCCUGAAGUUCAUCCGACAUUUGGAUCGAAUUGUAUCAUUGGAAUGGAAUCAUAUAAAUUCGUUGAUGAAA